UCUGACUGAUGAUCGGAACAGAUUCUGAGGUAGCAUGAUCAUUCUUUGUGGACAAAAAACACGCAGGAGCCCUGGGUCAGCUGCCCACACCUCUCACACUGAGGCUCACUGCCGAUCCCACACUCUCUUCCUGUGUGUGUGUCUUCUGGGGGAACAUGUUUCUGUCUGUUUACUGGGUUACUCUGCAUUAUUGGUCUCACUCUCAGUGUCUCUGUGCCGUAGGUCUGCUGCGUGCCAUGGACCGUCUUGCCACCCUUGUUGGCAUGGUUAUGGAUCCCUGCCAGCGGGGUAGAGUUUGGUGGGGGAGGGAGAGCAGGGCUGGGAGGGUGUUUUUGGGCACCGGCAUGCUUCAAGGGAACUGGCCAUUUUCCAUUGUGUGCAUUUUUUUGUGCUUGUUUCUGUGCGCUUGGGGAGAAAAGGGUAGGGGGUGGGGGAGGCUGCUUGCUGGGAAACGACUUCCUCCCUAUCCGUCUGACUGGGAGCCGCCAGCCUGGCUGCGAGGCUAACGACUACACGGCGGCGGCAGCCCUGAGCUUGGCAGCCGCGUUUCCACAGCCGCUCCUCCCCCUUCACCUCCUGCCGCUCUCCUCCUGCUGUGAUUUGGGGACCUGAGGAAGGGAGGGGAUGUAGGCACGCACCUUACCGCUGAGCGGAGCGCGCCGGCCCUGAACCCUGGGCGCUGAUUGACCCCGAUGUUCCAGGACCGCAGCCAGGAUGAGGUUCUGGCUACAAGGGGGGACCAGCCUGGUUCUGCUGGCCGCCUUAACACUCUCACUCUGCGGGAACCUCAAUGCAAGUAAACAGAAGGGGGGCGUGGCUUCCAACAGUGUGGCGGAAUCCAUGGUGACCGCGCAUUGGUGGGAGGAGUGGUCUACAUGGACAGCCUGCACACGCACCUGUGGAGGAGGGAUCACGUCGCAGGAGAGGCAUUGCUUAAAGCAGAGGAAGAAAAAUACUAUGGAAAAAGGCAAUAUGACCUGCACUGGCAACGCAAAGCAAUACCUCCUGUGCAACACAAAGCCUGUGUAUUGCAGGAGUGCCCUUCCUCUUGGCGAAGUUUUCGAGAGGAGCAGUGCUGGGCCUUCAACUCACAGAUCUACAAUGGAAGGAGGUUCCGCUGGAAGCCCCUCUAUUCUGGUAACCGGAAGGCUGGAAACAGAACCCACCCCACUGACUUCUAAAAAACAUGGGUUCCGACACUGGGGUGGAUGUGGGGCAACAGGGGAAGAUUAUGUCCACAUCUCCAGCAACCCAUGUGACCUUCACUGCUCUACCCUCGAUGGUCAGAGGCAGCUCAUGGUUCCUGCCCGUGAUGGAACAUCGUGCAAAUACAGAGAUUACCGAGGAGUCUGUGUCAACAGCAAGUGCGAGGAAUCACCACAGGUGCACCCAUGGGAACAGACGUGGAUUGAGUUUCACGUCGUCUCGUUGCAGCCAGUCGGCUGCGAUGGGGUUCUCUUCUCAUCCCACACUCUUGAUAAAUGUGGGGUCUGUCAGGGUGAUGGGAGCCACUGCAGGAGAGUCACUGGAAGCUUCCACCAGAGUGCUUCUAGUGCAGGCUAUGCCUUCAUCACUCAAAUCCCACAGGGUUCUUGGGACAUCCAGGUCAUUGAGAGAAGGAAGUCCGCAGAUAUUUUGGCUGUGACCGACCAGGCUGGGAAAUUCUUCUUUAAUGGGCCGUACAGAAUGGACAACCCACAGAACUUUCAAGCUGCUGGGACAAUCUUCAAGUACCGACAUCCCAUGAACAUACAUGAAACUGGAAUUGAGUACAUUGUGGCGAAGGGGCCCAUAAAUCAACCCAUCAAUAUCCUGGUGUGGAACCAGAAUGGUGGAAGCCCCUAUAUCACCUAUGAAUACACAGAGUGGCAAAUCCCUCCUGCCCUGCUAAUGGAAGGUCCACUGACUGACGCUGGACCUGUAACGAACAAGGGUGUUUCUGAAACUGACCAGAACCAAGUUGUGGGGCAGGAGCCCAGGGCAGAGGAAGUGGGGCAGCUGAAGGGCCAGGUGACUAAUGAAGUAUAUGAGGGGACAGUGGUCAUCCACUCCAAGCAAGAGCUCUUGAUCCCGCCUCACAAACCAGGGAAGAACAGCACCCAGUCAGGUGACAUGGGUGCCGGUGAAGACCCAGUGACCAACAAGCCAAGUUCAGAGAAUCUCAUCUGGAAUAUGUUUCUGGGGAAGUCAACUGCUUCAGGGAUGCUUCACAUCAAUUUCUCCACCAAUCAGCUGCUCACUGUAGGACAGAAGUUACAUUCAACAGAAGUGGAGCCUCCAGGGCCACAUGCCACCAGUCUGGAUGGUGGUGCUCCCUUUGGUCACAACAGCUCACUACAAGAGCGUAUUCACAAUAAUGACACAGGACACUUUCUUCUUCUCAACAGGACACUGCUACACAGCUUUCACAGUGGCAACAGAACCAACCACACCAGGAGCCACUGGAAGAACUCUGGGCUGAGCACUGCAGACAUGUACCGCUGGAAGCUCUCCUCCCAGGAGCCCUGCAGCAAGUCCUGCUCCAUAGGUGUGGCCAGAUCCUUUGUCACCUGUGUGCGCUAUGAUGGAGCAGAGGUAGACAACACCUACUGUGAUAACCUGACCCGGCCAGAACCCGUCCAUGAUUUCUGUAUAGGAAGGGAAUGUCAACCCAGGUGGGAAGCAAGCAGCUGGAGUGAGUGCACCCAUACCUGUGGUGAGGGGUUCCAGUUCCGGCUUGUCCGCUGCUGGAAGAUGCUGGCCCCUGGCCUCGACAGCUCAGUCUACAGUGACCUCUGUGACCUGGCACAUGUGGAGCGACCAGUGGAACGACGCACCUGCCAAAACCCCACCUGUGGCCCCCAGUGGGAGGUGGCUCAGUGGUCUGAGUGUACAGCCAAGUGCGGCCACUGGAGUCAAGUGACCAGAGAUGUCAGAUGUUCUGAUGAAAUGAACACAUGUGACGAAUCGACUCGGCCGGCAUCCAUCAAAAACUGCACCGGCCCGUCAUGUGAGAGGCAGUGGGCUGCAUCUGAAUGGGGGCCAUGCUCCGGCUCGUGUGGACAGGGCAUGAUGAUCCGGCACGUCUACUGCAAGACCUCAGAUGGACACGUGAUGCCUGAUGCUCAAUGCCCUGCCGAAGAUCGCCCCCUGGCCAUACACUCCUGUGGAAGCCUGGACUGCCCCCCACACUGGAUAGUGCAGGACUGGGACAUGUGUAACACGAGAUGUGGCCGCGGCAUCAGGCGAAGAACGGUCCUGUGUGCUGGGAUCACUGGUGGGGUCUUUCAAGUCCAUGAAGACAGUGAGUGUGCUGCAGGAGAGCGACCGGAGGACGAGAGCACCUGCUUUGAGAGGCCAUGCUUCAAGUGGUACACCACACCAUGGUCAGAGUGCACCAAGACCUGUGGCACUGGCACUCGCUCAAGAGAUGUGAAGUGCUACCAAGGAAGGGAGCUUGUCAAGGGGUGUGACCCCCUAACCAAGCCCACCAGUAAGCAGGUUUGCCCCUUGGAUCCCUGCCCAACACAGCCCCCAGAUGGGAAUUGUAAGGACCAGCCCGACACCAACUGCUCCCUGGCCUUGCAGGUGAACUUGUGCAGCCAUUGGUACUACGGCAAGGCUUGCUGCCGGUCCUGCAGGGGCCCAUACUUCUGACACCAGGAAGACCGGCUUCCUACUAAUCUGCCUCGCUAUUGCGGCACAACAAUUUUCAGUGGCGUUCAAAGGUCCUGAGAUGAUGCAUUCAUCCAGUGUUGCAAUGACUUCACUGUGUACUGGUCACUUAAAGUUCAAGUGAAGGUCAAAUGUAAUUGCCAGCAUAAACUGCUUACAUUAGUCAUAACGUGCUGAGAUGCAUAACCAAGAUGUGAGGAUUAGGGCAGGCUGGGCUUCGCUGUACAAAUCUCCACUCUCAUAACAUUAAUAUAAACUAUACUGCCAAACAACUUUUGCACUUGAAGGACACGAUGCGUUAAUUAUCUUUGCAAGGUAUUACACGUCUAUGAGGUGCCUGUAGAUUGAUGAAUGCCAGUGAAGUUCUUUAAAUUCACGAAUUAUGUGCCACUAAAUGAAACCACAUAGGACAAAUGCAAUAUUACACUACGACUGCAACUAUAUCACUUUUAUGUAUAUUUGCCAUAUUAACGUUUCUCAAAAAAGAAAAUGCUGAAUGCUGUCUGUAGCUAAGGAAAUUCUGCCACUUCCAAAGGAAAAACACUGUAACCCCCUACGAGGCCAAUGUUUGUAGCUCUCACUUCUUUUCUUCAAACAUGUUUAAAUGUGCUGGUAAUAGAUUUCUUUCUUGACUUUCUUUUAACUUAAGUAUGAUCAGUAACACUUUACUUAAAGCUAUCAUUUAUAAUGCAUUAUAAAACCUUCACAAUGCAUUAUAAUGUUUGGUAUAAGAAUUAAUAAAGCAUUACAGCAUCUUCUACUGACAGUCA